CAUGGCCUUCACCCAAAUUUGAACCAGUAAAGAGCCAGACCAGAAGCCCCACAAUAUGCCUUAAAGCAAAUAUUGGAGGUACCGACAAGACACUACAGCCGUUUAUCAGGAAUAUCUUCCCCUUGAAUGAUAACUGAGAUGUUCCCGAUUCGUAGCUGUAGACUGUAGUGUCUUAUAUGUAGCGGUAGCAGAUCCAGACUCUGAAGUAAACAUCGCUAUUCGCUAGCGUCACGGAGACGGAGGUCCCCAAUCACAAAAGGACAAAAUAAGAAGAUUGGGUUUUUGUGCAAAACAACUCCGUAAAAACUAACUAUAGUUACGGCCUUACGGUUACGGGUAUCACAUCAUACCCAGAUACACUCACCCUCAUGACGUUGUCGAUUAUAUCCGGCCGUCCAUAGCGAUGUUUGGAACUGGUCCACAUGUACUUUUCUCAGCGUGAGAUCUAUUGGGGACGAUCAACCUUAGAUCCACUGUAUACUUCUCCAAAUAUAAUAGAUAGAGCAACGCUUCGUGAAGAAUUACCGAUAGACAUAACGGCUAGUUUUGGAACGGUAACUCCAACGGUCGAAUAAUUCGAAAAUUCUUCUCAUAUCAACGCCUCGCUCACCAAGGGAAAGUAGAUCUUCUCUCCCGUCUGUGCUCUGUUCUCUCUCAACUUGACUCUACUCUCUCUCCCUCUAUCUUUCUCAUCUCCGUUUCUCUCCCAUAGAACUGCUUCAUCUGUACAAACUGCAGAAACCCUUCAACUAGGAUGAUGAUGCAGGAUCUAUGGAACGCCGCCCAACCUGGUCUCAGACCUUCAAAAUCUGCUCCUUGUUCACCAGUCAAGCCUUUGGGGGUCGCCAGAACUCGCUCGGAGUCCUUUCAUGUCACUCACAAAGUUCCUGUUGGAGAUACUCCUUACGUAAGGGCAAAAAAUGUUCAGUUGGUGGAUAAGGACCCUGAGAGAGCAAUUCCACUGUUCUGGGCUGCAAUCAAUGCCGGAGAUAGGGUUGACAGUGCUCUGAAAGACAUGGCUAUUGUAAUGAAGCAACAAAACAGGGCUGAAGAAGCCAUUGAAGCCAUCAAGUCACUGAGGAGUAGGUGUUCAGAUCAAGCCCAGGAGUCUCUUGAUAAUAUUCUUCUGGAUCUUUACAAGAGAUGCGGGAGAUUAGAUGAUCAAGUUGCACUUCUGAAACACAAAUUGUACUUGAUUCAACAAGGAAUGGCUUUCAAUGGAAAGCGUACCAAGACUGCUAGAUCCCAAGGGAAGAAAUUUCAGGUUUCAGUGGAGCAAGAAGCAACGAGGUUACUGGGAAACUUGGGGUGGGCACUCAUGCAGCAGAACAAUUAUGUUGAAGCAGAAGAUGCAUAUAGACGGGCGCUUAUGAUUGCACCCGAUAAUAACAAGAUGUGCAAUCUGGGUAUCUGCUUAAUGAAGCAAGGGAGAAUUGCUGAGGCCAAAGAAACACUGGGACGAGUGAGACCCGCUGUAGCAGAUGGCCCAAGAGGGGUAGAUUCACAUCUCAAAGCCUUUGAAAGGGCCCAACAGAUGCUUCUUGACCUAGAGUCAGAACUGAUGAAUAAAGGAGUUGACAGGGUUGAACAGAGUCGGCUCUUUGAUACCUACCUGGGUUCGUCCUCCAUUUGGCAACCUCAGCCUUGCAAGGAGCAGCAGCCCACUGUUCUGUCCCUGUCCUCCACCACCACUAAUACAACAAAGCUACACCUACAAGAUGAUUUUGCUGACGAGAAUAUUGAUUCAAAUAGAGUACCCAACCAGGCCGUUCCGUCUCAUAGGAGCAUGAAACCUGUAAUUCCAAAUUCACUCAACAUCGACGCACCACCAUUCUAUUCAUCCAAGUUAGUAAAAGAGCCAACUCCGGGCCAUUUCCAUGACCCUCUGGGAAGCCUCAAGAGGACCAGAUCCGGCAAUGCCGCAGCUGCAACCAAGGAGAAUAUAUGGGAACCACACUUGACAAAACGCACUUCAUUUACUGCUGUAGAGCAGCCAGAACAGAAGAGCAGGAGACGAUCUCUUUGCAAUGAAGAAGCUGGGGACGAGUGGACGGAGCUAUUGCCUGAUAGUAAGGACUUUGAAGAGGCCAUAAUUGCAGCAAUUCUUGGUCCCUCUAAUGAGAUGCCCAAGACUGAUGGUACUAACAACCCUGGAAUCUGCCAGAGAAAAAUCGACAAGAGGCUGAAGGUUUUUCAAGAUAUCACACUGUCCUUGAGCCCAAGAGCCUGACCGAAACGUACUACUAACUUCACUAGUUUUUUUACCCUCUAAAAUUAAUUAUUUGUAGGUUGGAGAUGAACUUGUUCUCCCUGGCUCCCAUUCCCGUAGAGAGGAAAGGAGUGUGCUGCUGCUGCUGCUGCGUUGGUCACUGCUCUGGCAUUGGUCAGUUGAUUUGUUGCUUGCCGUUCUCAUUGAAUUCAGUCUUUCUCACAGAAGGCAUAGUUUUGCCUCCAUAAUAAACUACAACCACAAUAAAUUGUAUUGACUUUGGGUCUGCAAUUGAAAAUUCCGGUUAUCAUAUAUAAAAAUCAUGGGCAGUCUUGCAUGUAUCUUUUUUC